AUGUCCGUGAAAGCACCCAGGCCGGACUCGCGGCCAGCGUUAGCCACGUCUCCGCGCUCAUCAUCCAAGAUAAAACUCAAGGACUUGCUAGAUUUAGAUAAUCCGCAAUUGGCCUACAAACUGCCGUUAUCAGUAGUGGCGCUAAUUGAUCUCAAUUGUUUUUACGCGCAAGUAGAGAGGAUACGGCUCGGGUUAUCGGAUGAGGACCCUGUUGUUUGUCAGCAAUGGCAAUCGAUUAUCGCUGUGAGCUACGCGGCUCGCAAGUUUGGCAUAUCGCGAUUGGACACGGUCCAGUCUGCCAAAUUGAAGUGUCCCGAUUUGAUUUGCGCACAUGCUGCGGUGUACAAGAAGGGGGAAGGGCAUUGGGCUUAUGUGCUGGGAUCACCUAGCCCCGUUGAUCAUAAGGUCAGCUUGGAUAUGUAUAGGCGGGAAAGUCGCAAGAUCUUGCGGAUGAUUCAGGAGAAGGUUGAUUUGGUUGAUAAGGCGAGUGUGGAUGAGAGCUACGUCGAUUUGGGGAGAAGUGUUUUUAAGCGAAUGAUGGGGCAGUUUCCCGUUUUAAAGAAAAUGGUUGAUGAUUAUCGACUGGCGGGCAAGGGUCUGGGUACAGGUCCUGGUUCAGGUACUAGCAUGGAGCUUCUACCUCCUAUACCGCAAGUGUUACCCGACGGCAUCCAAUGGGAAGGGUACGUUGCAGAAUCCGAUAAAGAGAUGGCAGAUGCCCAGAAUGUGCUGCCGCCUCCUGCGAUUGCAAUUGAAGAUUGGGACGAUGUCGCGUUGAUUAUAGGCGCCCAGCUCUUGUUGGACCUAAGACAAACUAUACACGACGAGUUGGGCUAUACUACCUCUGCCGGCUUAGCUCGGAAUCGGUUGAUGGCGAAAUUGAGUGGAGGAUUCAAGAAACCAGAUAACCAAACUAUAGUUCGUAACUGUGCAGUGAAUCGAUUUUUGAACAAUUUUGAAUUAAAGGACAUCACGGGGUUUGGGGCCAAGUUGGGCGAUUCUUUGGUGCACAAGUUUGACGUGCCUUCGGGUGCCAAUUCGAUUGCUUUCAUUAGGGACAAUUACACUCCGAGUAUGCUCCGUAAAGAACUACGCGAUGAGCCGGAGUUGGCCACCAAGCUUUACCAGAUUGUGCGAGGGAUGCACCCGCUGGAGUUGGAAGCUAAAGUCGACAUCAAGUCGAUGAUGUCCACCAAAAACUUCCGCGACAACUCGCCGUGGUCGUUGCAAGAUGCAUUUGAGUGGUUGACUGUCUAUGCGGGAGACUUGUCGAAUCGUUUGCUUGAUCUAGAUAACGAAAGCAUGGAGUUGUCAAUGACAAAAGUCUCGGGUAAAGAAAAGGGGAUUUUAAAGCGGCCCAGGACCAUUACCAUUGGCGUGAGGUCGAUGGCGUUUGUGCGACAAACGCGCCAGAUGCCCAUCCCGUUCCAUAAGGACAUCGGCAAGAUGAAGCAAGCGAUUGAAGAGUGUGGACGGCAACUCCUACGGGAGUAUUUGGAACGCAACACUAGUCUAUCGCGGAUGAACAGCGACAAGCCCGCACGGGAGUUGUUUGCUGGCGAUGCCAAGAAUGUCAGGAUUAUGAAGAUGCUGGACAUGUCGUUGACCAUCUCCAAUUUCGUUGCCUUGAACGAUCAUGCCAUGAUUGAGUCAUUUGCAAAGAGAAGUGACGAUCGGAGCGUUACUGCUAAUCGAGAGUUGAUGGAGAUCAAUAACGCAACUGCGAAAAGGAAAAUCGAGCUAGAGGAAAAUGAAUUGUCAAAACGGAAGCCGAAAGAUUUGUCAAUAAAAGAUAAGCAGCACAUUUCUGACUUGUUCAAGGACUUCAACAAGGUCAACACGGUCAACAAGGUCAACAGCGAAAAAAAUGUGCGAGGUUCAACGGCUCCCAAACAGCUACAAAAGAAAGUUAUCAGCAACGGUUCCGGUAACAACGGGAACGGGAACGGGAACGGGACCAGCAGCGAUAUUUUCAAAUCACUCCAGCAAAAACAGCGACCGGAAAAAGAUCUUCUUGCACAGCUUCAGGAAACGAAGUUCUGCCCAAAAUGUGAGCUUGUUGUUGAUGACCCGAUCGAACAUAACGACUUCCAUAUUGCGAUAGAUUUAUCUGAAAAAUGGAAUCGAUAG